AUGGAGCCUGCGGAGGGCCUGGGCACGGACCGCGUCGAGCCGGCUUCCAACUGGACCGUCGGAUCGCUCUGCACCGCCAACGAAAAGGGAGACCCGCAUUUCACAGGCGCCGACGGCUCGCAUUUCGACUUCAGCGGCCGGCCCAAUCGCAAUUACGCGUUAAUAUCCGACGCCCACGUCCAGGUCAACGCGUUCUUCGGCGGGCGCUACGGCGUUUGGGCCAAUCACGCGAAGGCGCUGACGUGGAUUAGAUCUCUCGCCGUCAUGACCGGCCACCACCUCCUCAUCUUAGACGCACGCCGCGGCGCCUCUGCGGAAUACGGCGACGGCUACUUAGCUCGUAUGGUAGUUGACGGCAGAGUUAGGGAGUUAGACACCCCUGGAACUAGCGUCCAGCUUUGGCCGGGAGCGGAGCUAGCGUGGGUUGUGGGGGGGAAGCUAGACGGGAACGACCUGAUCGACGUGUACGAACUGAGAGUGGCGAAUGUGGUAACCCUUCACGUCACGCUACGACCGGAAAUCGCGGCGAUGCGCACGGCGACGGAUGGGACAGUGCACAUGUCGAUCGGCGUGGAUUGGGCGAGCCUUUCGCCCUCCGUGCACGGCGUGUUGGGGCAGACGUUCCGACCUGACUUCAUCGGACGGCUAGCCCAGCAGCAUCUAGUGCACAGCGAUGUAUUACACGAGGACGUGGUGCCAGGGGACAACGCGGAGGGCUUCAUAGACGGCACGGUCAAGGACUACCAGGUGUCAGCACUCAGCAAGGCGGACUGCCGCUUCUGCCGCUUCGCCCGCGCACAACUGGUAGAUGAGGAGAUGGCACGGGCGCUCGAGCUGACGGGAGGGUUCUUGCACGCAGGUGUAGGGGUGGUGGGCGGCGGUGGGUACGGCAUGAAAUUGCGAGGCGGGCCAUUCUCUUCAGGGGAGGCUCUGUUGAUGGAUGCGGAGUGA